UUAUCACUUCUUAACAGCGUGACACCCAUCGUUUUACCCAGUCUUUCUAGUUCGCCUGAAAAAGUCAAUCUUUGUGGAUAAUAAAUGCGAGUAUGUGAGUGUGCUGUUUGUUUAUGAAGAGUUGUGUUUUACAUAGUUGCGUGUUGUGAGGUGAAUGGUAAAUGAGCCGCUUGUGUGAAGACACUACAGAGUCAAUCCACUCGCGAUGUGGGAAGGUUCUGACAGAGCACACACUCACAUCAGCACAGAGGGACACAAAGAAGGAAGCUGCAUGUAAAUAACCCAUUAUACUCACGCGCUAAAGAGAAGCUGAUUUGUGGGGGUUUAAAAGUCUUUCCUGUAGAGUAGAGAGAGAGAGCGUUUAUUUACUACCGCGAGUCGCUAUUGUUGUUAAAGUCAGACGUAAAGAGCACGCGCGUUCGCGACAGCUGGAAGAGUUUGAGGAGCGACUGGAAAGCGCGUGUCGGAUUGUGAUUUUUGGAGAUCGUUUAAUAUCGUCUGCCUUUCCUUAUCGCAUUUUUUUUGUAAAGUUAUAUUUUUAUUCUUGGAUGAUUGAUGACUCCUUUUCUGUGGAUACUUGACAUAAAAAUCCGAUUUGUUUUGCUCUGGAUCAUUUGAUUCAUGUACUUGCAGUCGUCCCAUAAUGUUUUUCAAAUCACUGGACAGAUUAAUGGUUUGAAGGGGAGGAGGAAGUGCAGUUGUAGACUGAACUUUAAAUCCGAGGCUGAUAUCUCUCCUGAAUGAUGCCCAUAGACAGACUAGCAGACAUGGAGGAGAAACUUCGCAUUUUGGAGGACUUAAAUAUGAUAUACAUUCGUCAGAUUGCCCUGAGUUUAAAGGACAGUGACAUCCAGAAGAAGAUUGACUAUGAGAUCCGUAUGCGAGAAGGGGCGUGUAAGCUGCUGGCCGCGUGCUCUCAGAGGGAUCAAGCGCUGGAGGCCUCCAAGAGCCUCCUUACCUGCAACGCUCGCAUCAUGGCUUACAUGUCAGAGCUCCAGCGCAUGAAAGAGGCUCAGGUCAUGCAACGGGUCGCACGCAGGUCUUCUGAUGCAGGCCCAAUGGAUGACCGAUCCCCUUGUAAAGGCAAAGUAGCCAUUUCAGAUAUUCGGAUCCCUCUCAUGUGGAAAGACACAGAGUAUUUUAAGAAUAAAGGAGAGCUGCAUCGGUGUGCUGUCUUCUGUCUGCUGCAGUUGGGAGGUGAGAUCUUUGACACAGACAUGGUGAUGGUGGACAGGACCCUGACAGACAUCUGCUUUGACAACACAAUUGUCUUUAAUGAGGCAAGCCCAGGGUUCGAGCUGCGGGUGGAGCUCUACAGCUGUUGUUCUGAAGAAGACUACUCAGCGGGCAGCACGCCACGAAAGCUGGCCAGCAAACUGAGCUCGUCCCUGGGAAGGUCAUCAGGAAAGAAAUUGAGGGCAGCCAUGGAACCUGGAACCUGCAGCCCCACCAGCAAUGGAGGAGGGGCGACAAUACUGCUACCGGUUCCUUCUGUACCGGGGCCUAAAUAUCACCUUUUGGCUCACACAACCCUCAGUCUCUCUCAUGUCCAAGACAGCUUCCGUACACAUGACCUCACCAUCACAGGAAACGAGGAGUGUUCAUACUGGUUGCCUCUUUAUGGCAGUGUAUGUUGUCGUCUGGCUGCUCAACCGCACUGUAUGACACAACAGAUGAUGAGUGGCUGUCUAAGAGUCAAGCUGGGAGGUGAACCACAAGGAUGGACGAAUGUCUAUGGUGUUUUAAAAGGCACAAAUCUCUUCUGUUAUCAUCAAAAAGAGGACAUGGAGGCUAAUGUGGAGCCUGUAUUGACUAUUGGUAUUAAUAAAGAGACGAGGAUCCGUGCAGCAGAGAAAGACCCUCACAGUAAGACGCAGAAUAUCUGUAUCACUAACCAGUAUGGAGGAGAGGAGGUCAUGCAUACACUAGGGGCGGACAACAGAGAAGACACACAGCGCUGGAUGGAGGCAUUCUGGCAACAGUUUUAUGAUAUGAGUCAAUGGAGGCAGUGCUGUGACGAACUGAUGAAGAUUGAGCAGCCUUCACCACGGAAACCUGCCAUAGUCACACCAAAACAGGGCUCCCUGUAUCAUGAGAUGGUUAUUGACACGUCUGACGACAUCGGAACAGUCACUGACAUCCUGACACGUCGUAUCGACGAGUUUGACCUGAGGAGCCAGCUUGGAUCUCCACCUCACUGGAUGUCCAUGUUUGAAGAAGAGAUCCCAAGAACCCCUUCCAAUCAUCAGCACCGCCGUGUCGCUCACCUGCCCCCCCAAUCGCCCAGCCCCCGACUGCACAGCCGUCAGCUCCGCAGCCCACCCUGCCACCGUACACCCGGCCUUCUCUCCUCCAACGCCAGUCUGACCUCAGAUGGCGACAGCUCUGCCAGUAUCAGCCCCUGCUUUCGGCAGGCGUGGUCCCCCGAUCCUCCUUUCAGUCGUUUUCGUCCUCGCACCCUGUCCCUGGAUGCCAAGCUCUCCACUCUUCGCGGUCGAGGCUACGGGGGCUUCCAGUGCACCUGCCAGCCGUCCGCCACUGGGGCUCGAACCUCUCAGAAUGUUUUGUCCUGCUCCAGUUCAACUUCCAGCAACAGCUCCAGCGAAGGAAGCAACAGCCAAGAGUCCGACCUGGGCUUUUCUAGGCCGUCGGCUGCACGGCGUAGCCUGAGGAACCUGAGAGCCAAGCUAGACCCCAGGAACUGGCUGCAGAGUCAGGUGUAGCUCGCACGCUUCCUCUAAUUUGAGCUGGCCCAGAUCCUGCGUCCACCCUGGAAAUAACUGGAACUUUUUAAGGUCAUGUAUGCUUGAUGACGGUAUUUGACAAUAGGGAGAAUAUAAGGAUCAUGUUACAUUAAGUUCAUGGCAAUAUUUCAACAACAUGGAUCUAUUUAUAUAAUACGCUACUAUAUUGCAUUAACGUGAAAUGUCCAUUACUGUAUAUGUGCAAGGCUUACAGUGAACAGAAUGUCGGUGCAGUGGAUUCAGACUGGAUUUUUUAGUGUUGUCUGCUCUGUGGCUCCAAAAAAAGUGAUUCAUCUGCUGACUUCCUCAAUAUUCAUCAUCGCUUGCUUGCAAAUAUUUCAGCAGCAGUUUUUCAAGGCUAGCGUGGUAUUAAUAUUUAAAUAAACCUAACCAGAGUGAAACGGAACGCUGACAACUUUGUUUGUUAUUGAAUGCGACAUACAAACCUGCAUGAACGAGAUCUUUUAGCAGAUGGUCAUUAUCAGGCUCGCACAACAAUACACAUGUGCUACUCUUUGGAUGUUGGCCAUUCACAGCAUCUGACUCUGACACAGCUGUCUGUUAUUCUGCUCAUUGCAUGGUUUCAAUGUAUACGCAAAGGUGCAGAUCCCAACACUCUGUAUUCAGGUUUGAUAAUAACAUGGGAAAAUGUGAUUGUUUAUUACCUGUUACUGUGAUGACCUCAGGAUUACUGUACAUAAGUGAUUAUACUCAGCAAAUGUGAACCCUAUUGUGAAGGUCUCAACUAAAAUAUCACCAUUACAUACCAUAUAAAUACAUGGUUUCUGGGACUUAAUGGUGCUUUUUUUUGAUCCACGGCAUUAAAAGCUUUCUGAUUGAUUCACUACUAUAUAAAGCUACAGCAGUUCAAAAUCAAGCGGUACAUGCGUUAUUUCUUGUGGCAAGAAAUUGCGUCUUCCUGAUUGGUCAGUUUUGUCAAGCGCUUAAGUACGUGUGGAAUUUAAUAAGUGUAUCGGUGUUAAGUCAGUCAGAAUGUAAAGAGAUCAAUGUUUAAAGGAAAACACCACAGUUUUUCAGUAUUUUACUAUGUUCUUACUUUAACUUAGACAAAUUUAUACAUCCCUAUCUUUUUUCAUAGCAUGCACUUAAUCAUUGUACAGCGCGUUGUGAACGUGUUAGCAUUUAGCCUAGCCCCAUUCAUUUCUUAGGAUCCAAACAGGGAUGAAUUUAGAAGCCAUCAAACACUUCCAUGUUUUUCCUAUUUAAAAUCUGUUACAUGAGUAGUUACACGAAUAAGUAUGGUGGCACAAAACAAAAUGUGGCGAUUUUUAAAGCGGCUAAAAAAUGAGAACUAUAUUGUAUGGCGGAAGAGCACUUAAUUAGCAGCACCUUGACCCCGGCUCCCCGUUUCGCUCAAACUUCUUUCAGUAUUACUGGGCCCAAGGUUGAAGUGCUGCAAAGUAAGUGCUUUAAAUAGGAAAAACAUGGAAGUGUUUGGUGGCUUCUAAAUUCAUCCCUGUUUGGAUCCUAAGGAAUGAAUGGGGCUAGGCUAAAUGCUAACAGAUUCACAACAUGCUGUACAAGGAUUAAGUGCACUCAUUGAAUAAAUAUAGGUAUGUAUUAAUUUUUCUAAGUUGAGGUAAGAACAUAGUAAAUAUUGAAAAACUGUGGUGUUUUCCUUUAAAAAGUAUUAGCCUUAUAAACAGUAAUGAAUGCUAGAUAACUAUUAUCAUAAUUUCAAAAAUAACCUCAGGGGUGGAGUUGAUUUUGUCAUAACAAAAAUAUUGUUACAUUACUGUAAUACAGAAAUAACAUGAAUGAUACAUUACUGCAUAUAAAACAUUAUAUUAUGUCCAUGAAAGCUGUCUGUUUUCUUUAUAUAACUUUAUAUAAAGUGUAUUAUAAAUGUCUAAAAAGUGGAAGUAUAGAAAUAAGGAUCAGACUAAACUUCCCCUUUAAAAUUCAGAAGAAGUAAAAAAAUGUUUGUCCUAGACAUAACAUGCUAAAAAAUAAACAGCGCUCAACCAGUCAAAUGCCACUGACCUUUAUUUAAAAACCUGUAAAUUCAUUCAAACACUAUUUGUUAUUGUAAAGUUUUGUAAUUUUCAUUUUGUGCUUUUAUUAAAGUUGUAUUUUACCAUAUUCAUUAUUUGUUAUAAAUCAAAUAAUAUCAAUAUAUUCUAUCAGACGAGUUAAGCUCUAGAUUAUCCUUGUAGAUAACAUUGAAUGUUAACAUGGAGAGAAGCGUCUUUUCAGCAGGCUGUCUGCAUGCACAUUGUAUUUUGAGAAAAAAAACUAUUACGUUUAUAAUAACAAUAUGUUGUAAAGAAUUGCUUAAAUUAAAAGGAAAAGCAAGA